AUGGCGGUAAGGGUACUGGAUUUACGAAAGCAGCGGGAACGAGCAACAUUUACAGGUACAACAAAAGACGAGGUCAGGUAUGCUGAAGCUUUUUGGCAGUCUGUCAGACUGCAACCGACCAUGGAGUCGCGUUUGGUGUCUUCAGAUAUUAAGCAAAGAUUAGGGAAAAGGGCUGCCUCCUCUAAGUCCG